AUGAAGAAAAGAUCAAAAUUAAACGAAGCCGAAAAUGACUCAGAAUCAGAAUCUGAGGAUCCAAAAGCGAGCGGACCAGUGGACAACGCAUGGUCAUUAAAAAUUCCUGAGUUCAAACCUGAAGACAAUCCAAAUCGUUUGCUAGAGGAAAGUUCAUUUGCGACACUGUUUCCCAAGUAUCGUGAGCAUUAUCUAAAAGAAUGCUGGCCCUUGGUGCAAAAAGCCUUAGAAAAAUACGGAAUUAAGCCGGAGUUGGAUUUAUUAGAAGGCAGCAUGUGCGUAAAAACCACCAGGAAGACUUGGGACCCCUAUGUAAUAAUAAAAGCCAAGCACUUUAUAAAAUUACUCUCCCGUUCGGUUCCAUUCGAGCAGGCGGUCCGCGUUUUGCAGGACGACGUCGACGCAGACAUCAUUAAAAUCAGUAGUUUGGUUCACAACAAAGAAAAAUUUAUCAAAAGACGGCAGAGGUUGAUCGGACCGAACGGUGCGACAUUGAAGUCUAUUGAAUUGCUGACCAACUGCUACGUUUUAGUCCAAGGUCAGACUGUGUCCGCAGUCGGACCCUACAAGGGACUCCAGCAAGUCAGGAAAAUUGUCGAAGAUACCAUGAAGAAUAUCCAUCCGAUUUACAACAUCAAGGCGCUGAUGAUCAAACGGGAGUUGGCGAAAGAUCCCAAGCUGAAGAACGAGAACUGGGACCGGUUCCUGCCUAAGUUUAAGAACAAGAAUAUCGCCAAGAGGAAGCAGCCCAAGAACAAGAAGGUCAAGAAAGAAUACACUCCGUUCCCGCCUCCGCAGCCUGAGAGCAAACGCGACAAAGAACUGGCCAGCGGAGAGUUCUUCUUGUCUAAAGAGCAGAAACGCGCGCAAAAGAAGAAAGAGAUCGAUGAAAAGCACCAGGAAGCCGAGAAGAAGAGGCAGGAAAGGAGAGAGCAGGCAUUUGUACCACCCUCUGAGGAGGUUACUCAGAAGAAACGCAAGGCUGAUGAUGUUGAUAAUCUAUAA